AUGGUUGGAGGAUCGUACUGUCCAUUGUCACCCCGUGAUCCUCGAAAUCGACUUCAGCACCUACUUCAACAAAAUCAAAGUGAUUGUAUUCUAGUUGAUUCAACAACAGAAAAUAAAUUCGAAGAAAACAAUAUUACUUUACUCAAUACAAGGGGAAUGAUAGGCAAGCAAGAGAUAGCUGAUGAAAAUCACCUUGAUCAACUAUCAUCGAUCGAAAGCAAAAGUGACACCAUCGCUUUUGUUAUUUUUACUAGUGGAUCAACAGGGACGUCGAAAGCGGUUCAAAUAACGCAUCAUAAUUUAUGGAACUGUAUGUUUUCAUUUGAAUCUCUUGGAAUAAUAACCAAAUAUGAAAAUGUCAUUCAAAUGGCACAAUGCAUAUUUGACGUUAUGUGA